GCGGCUCCGGGCGGUAGGCGGAGCGGGGUGCGGGCGGGGUAAGAUGGCGGCGGGGGGUGCGGCGGAUGCCCAGGCGCGCUUUGGCCACUCGGUGAAGGGGCUCCUGACCGAGAAGGUGACGAGCUGCGGCACCGACGUGAUCGCUCUCACUAAGCAGGUGCUGAAGGGCUCCCGUAGCGCCGAGCUUCUGGGUCAAGCUGCGAGAAACAUGGUGAUGCAAGAAGAUGCCAUCCUGCACUCCGAAGAUAGUUUAAGAAAAAUGGCCAUAAUAACUACUCAUCUACAAUACCAGCAAGAAGCAAUUCAAAAGAAUGUGGAGCGCUCAUCAAACCUUCAGGACCAGCUGAGUCACUUGCUGAAAUGAAGGGGAGCCGAAGGCACGAGGAAGUCGGACCGGCGCAGAGGAGUGAAGCAUCCUCUCCCCUCCAGCCCCCAGGGCUCAGAACUGUGUCUGGAUGAUGCUGGAUGUCAGCUGGGAUCUAUGUGCAAGAGUCUGUGUUUCUGGCACAUGGCCUCCUCUCAUAUGCCUGCAUCCACACCUCUGCUCCAGAGUGCUCAACCACGCAGCUGCACCUUGCUGAAACAAACUCCCUGAAACUUUGCUCCUCCCAGUAAUUCCUGUGUCUGCUUACUUCCCAUGUAGUGCGAGGUGCUCGGCCCACACCAGCACCCUUGGCAAGAAAUGCAGAGUUGAGGCAUAAUGUUUAAAUGCAGGUGCCUGCAGUUUGCUACUGGUCCGUAUUUAGCAACAGAGGUGGCACAGAGUGCAGUUUAUUUAGGGCAUUUUAAUCAGUGUGAGCUGCAAGUGCCUGGGGGGAUGAGAGGUGCUUCAGUGUAGGCUGAGGUGUCAGUCCCAGCACAGAAUUUCUGAAAUCAGGAAUCUAAGCACACACAUCUGCCAGUGGCCUAGCUGAAGGUGGUUUGGCCAUCAUCCUCCUCAGAGGUUAUCUUAUUUCCCUCUCUGCUAGAGUUUGGAACAUCAUCCCUUUGCCAGCCCAUAUGUGCUGUAUUCAGCCUUCAGCUGCAUUCCUUUUCCUGGCUGCUGCUCCAGCUUUUGAUGAAGCAGCCUUGGCUGUGGUGUGUGCUUGUAUCUGGUUGGGAAGGUGUCCAAGGGCCUGUCUGGGAAGCAGGCAGGAGCGCAUCAUGAGCUGGUGUGCUCAGUUCUACACCGCUCUUUUGAAGACUGGUGACCUGUUCACAUCCAGGACCAACUAUAAAUACUGUGUGAUGUUUUUGGUAAGUCACUUAUCUGGAGCACUUGGAGUGCACGGGAAGCACUUGUUUCCCUGAGUGUGCUUUUCACCAGCUGAUACGAGGAGGCAGGCUGAGAGCCGACACUGGCCUGCCACAUUCCUGUUGGAAUGCUGCUGGAGUCUGGCUCCUGUGCUGCAGAGCCUUCUCGAGCUAGAUUUCACCAUCCCUACCAGUAUUUUUGCUUUGGGUGACAAUCUGACCCCAGCUUUGUAGGUGCACUUCGGGAAUGAGAGUCUUCCUUGCGGCCUUCUUGCUGGGAAUAAAAGCUGUCCUGAACACCACCAAA